AAGGUUAAUUAGCCAAGAUCGGAGAUUCGAGAUUCAAGAUUACAAAGAAAGAGAGAGAGAGAGACAGUGAGAUCGAUCGAAGAUCACCAUUGAUCUCCAGUGAUGUCGUUUUUUCGCAAUAUACGCUCCUCCCUGUCCUCGUCUUCGCGGGCCAAGAGCUCCCGCUCCUCAUCCCGCGACACCACACCGGUUCGCUCCGCCGGAUCUCGUCCAGGCAGCGUGAUCAGUGGCGUGGGUUCCACCACCACCACCACCAAUCGAAGGGAUUCCACCACCAGCUCAACUUUGCAGCGCGGCGACACCUUCAUACUGCCCAAUUCCGAGGAGGAAGCGGGCCCGGCGUCGAACACCUCCACCUUGGAGAAGAAAUCCAAAAAGUCCAAGGUCUUCAGCAAGUUCAGCACCUUCACCAAGCGCAAGAAGACCCCGUCGCCCGAAGAGGUGGCCAGUUACGAGCAUCACCCGAGCGAUACGGCCACCAAUACGUACUACAAGUGGCGCAGCGAUGGAGCGGAUCGUCUGCAGGACUACGAUGCCCAGGCGGAUCCCUUCAACUUCCUCUACGAACAGCACUCCAAUCUGAGGGCCCUGCAAUCGGGCGGUGAACCCAGUGGCAUCCACCGGCAGGCCAGCAUAGGUUCGAAUUCCAGUGGCAGCUUCGAUUCAUCCACCUACCGCAAGAGCAAAACACCCACGCAUCUCAGGGAGCAACUGGAGCAGCUGAAGACGCACUCAAACGAUGAUCUCCUCGAGGAUCAGCAGCGGGAGGAGGAUGAGCGUGAGAAGUACAAGACGGUCACGUUGAAUAGCUUUAGGAAAUCCUUCAGGGAUCGCCUGCUGCAGCAGCAAAAGGAGACGCCCCACAAUCCCGCCUGGUUUGUGGAGGUUCCCGCGAAAACAUCCGCCACCAAGCCCCUGGAACGUCGCGAGUCCAAGGAGAAUCGACCCGAUUUCCUUGUCUUCGAUAAUGAGAACUACCGCCCGCAGUCGCGUUCCCCGCUCCGGGAUCGUCCCUCCCGCUCCGCCACCCGUUCGCCGGUCAAACGGAACGAGACCUUCCGGGUGAAUCAACCCUCAGUGCGCCACAUGUCACCCUCGCCGGCUCCCCAACCUGCUCCCUCCAUCCGCAUCGAGAUCAAGAACUCCAUAUCGCCACACUCCCCGGGCAGAUUUGUGCCCGUGGGCGUGGCCAAGCCCAUGCCCACCACGGAGUACUAUGCCCAGAGAUUGCUGGCCAAUCGAACGAGUCCCAGUUCCAGUCAGGGAUCUCGAUGGUACCGCCAGCAGAGCUCGCCCACCAGGUUGAGUGUGGGUCAGGAGCAGAGCACCCAUAUUAACCAGCAGAAGGGAGCUCGAACCCUGGUGCACAUUGGUUCCGAUCAGGGAAAGGUCAUGACACCACCCACCAGAGGAAGGGCGCCCACCAGGGUUCAGCUUUACGGAAGUAAACCCCAGAGUCGCCCGCAGCCAACGACCUAUUUCGGGGGGCACUACAAUGCACCUGUGAAGCCCAAUCCCCGAGCCUCCUCCGCCGGCGGUCCCACUGUCUUUUUGGGGCGGCGCGAACCACCGAUGAUGACACGUGCCGCCACCAACAACAACACCCACACCACCGCCCACAAUGCCGCCCCCAUGCCACGUCGCAACCGAUCGCCGAUCAAAAUGCCCUGGCGGUAG